AUCCGAAGUUCUUGUAAAAUAAUUGGGCAAACGGCAAUUGGCCGGGCUGCAUCAGUUCGUCAGAGGGAUGAGGAAAUGCUGGAAAGGAAGCGAAAGGCCGAGGAAUUAAAUAUUUCUGGAGUUGAUGAUCAAGCUUAUUGUUUGGUGGUUGAAGAAGAUGAAGAUUCUGCUAUGAAGUUCGAUCUCACGCCUCUUUACCGUGCUUGUCAUAUUCAUGGUUGCCUGGGGAUCCGAGAGCAGUUUCAUGAAUAUUACUAUAAGAAUAGAUUGUUACAAUUGAAUUCAGAUUUGGAAAUAUCUUCGGCGCAACCUUUCGUUGAAUCAUAUCAGACAUUUUUGGCUCAAAUUGUUGGGUACUUCAUAGUGGAGGAUAAGGUCCUGAGGACUGGUGGUGGGCUACUAGUACCUGACAAGGUCGAAACUAUGUGGGAAACUGCUUUGGCAAAAAUAACAUCAAUGUUGGACGUGCAAUUCUCCCAUAUGAACUCUGCCACCCAUCUUCUCCUAGUUAAGGAUUAUGUUACUCUUCUUGGGUCUACUCUUAGACAAUAUGGAUAUGACAUUGGUCAACUUCUUGAUGUGCUUGAUAAUAGCUGUGACAAAUACCAUAGACUUCUUUUAGAAGAAUGUCGGAGCCAAACUCAAGAUGUUCUUGGCAACGACUCAUAUGAGCAGAUGGUGAUAAAAAAGGAUACUGACUAUGAGAAUCAUGUUCUGUCAUUUAAUAUUCAAACAUCUGAUAUUAUGCCUGCUUUUCCAUAUGUUGCACCAUUCUCCUCCAUGGUGCCUGAUGCUUGUCGCAUUGUGAGAUCCUUCAUUAAAAGCUCUGUUGAUUACUUGUCUUACGGUGUACGUACUGGUUUCUUUGAUGUUGUGAGAAAGUAUUUGGACAAGUACCUGAUUGAAGUAUUAAAUGAAACUUUACUAGAUACAAUAAAUAGUGGAAAUAUCAGUGUGUCUCAAGCCAUGCAGCUUGCUGCAAACAUAGCUGUUCUUGAAAGAGCUUGUGAUUAUUUCCUUAGACAUGCAGCUCAACUGAGCUGUGUCCCAGUUCGAACAGUUGAGAAGCCCCAAGCUACUUUAACUGCAAAGGUGUUACUGAAGACUUCGAGGGAUGCAGCUUAUAUUACUUUGCUCAGUUUGGUAAACACAAAAUUAGAUGAAUAUAUGAAUCUUAUAGAAAUUAUCAACUGGACUUCAGAGGAGCCAAAGCCAAAUGGAAAUGAGUACAUAAAUGAAGUAAUCUUUUAUCUUGAUUCACUUAUGUCCACAGCCCAACAAAUUUUACCCUUAGAUGCUAUGUACAAGGUUGGAACUGGUGCACUUGAGCAUAUUUCCAAUAUAAUUGUGGGUGCUUUCCUUAGUGAUAUUGUCAAAAGGUUUAAUGCAAAUGCAGUUAUGAAUAUAAACAAUGACCUUAAGAUGCUAGAGGACUUUGCACAUGAGAGGUUCUAUACUUCUGGCUUGGGUGAAAUUUACAGGGAAGGUAGUUUUAAGAGCUGUUUGAUAGAAGCACGACAAUUAAUUAAUCUUCUGUCAAGUAGUCAGCCUGAGAACUUCAUGAAUCCUGUUAUAAGAGAGAAAAAUUACUAUGCGUUGGAUUAUAAGAAGGUAGGCAGCAUUUGUGAUAAAUUCAAGGAUUCUGCAGAUGGGAUCUUUGGAAGUCUUUCGAAUAAAAAUACAAAGCAAACUGCUAAAAAGAAAUCAAUGGACAUGCUCAAAAAGCGACUUAAGGAUUUCAAUUGACUAGACUUGGAAAACUGUUCUUUCAUUUC